GCCCCACAGGCAUUCUCGACUCUCCAGAACCUUCCCAAACCCCUAUCGGAAAGGAAACCCCUACUAAAACCCUAACACCCUUUUCUCUUGCUCACAGUCGCACACUGAUCAGAGCCCGCACUCUUAACGCACGUACUCUAGAAGCUUCUCUAUUCAGCAUGCACAGGCUCUCUCGGCGCUCCGUUUCCUCUAUCCUGCGCACCGGCGGUGGUGCCGCACGGUACCGUAAAACUGUCACUCCGAUCUCCUCCUCCUCCACCUCCGUUCCCAUCUUCGACUCCGUGGGAGUGGACGAGUCCAGAAGUCGAUGGUACUCAGUGUUACCUGGUGGUAGAAGUCUUGCUAUCAAGUCUUCAACUCAAGUAAACUUGAAAGACUCUCUGAUCUUGGGCAGGAGAUAUGAGUCUGCUGCUGCAGCAUCUGAUGCAUCGGCCACCCCACCAGCUGAGAGAUACGAGUAUCAAGCAGAGGUCAGUCGUCUCAUGGACCUCAUAGUUAACAGCUUGUACAGCAAUAAAGAGGUGUUUCUUCGGGAGCUUAUCAGCAAUGCAAGUGAUGCCUUGGACAAGCUACGGUUUCUGAGUGUUACAGACCCUGAGCUUUUGAAGGAGGCAGCUGAUCUUGAUAUUCGUAUCCAAACUGAUAAGGACAAUGGGGUUGUAACUAUCACGGAUACUGGCAUAGGUAUGACUCAGCAAGAACUUGUUGACUGCCUUGGAACUAUUGCGCAAAGUGGAACUGCAAAAUUCUUGAAGGCAUUGAAGGAUAGCAAGGAUGCUGGUGGAGACAACAAUUUAAUUGGUCAAUUUGGUGUCGGAUUCUAUUCAGCAUUCUUGGUUUCUGAUAGGGUGGUGGUCUCAACAAAGAGCCCAAAAUCUGGUAAACAAUAUGUGUGGGAAGGAGAAGCCAAUGCAAGCUCAUAUACUAUUCGGGAGGAGACAGACCCUGAGAAACUUAUACCUAGAGGAACCCGCCUUACAUUGUAUCUUAAGCGUGAUGACAAAGGUUUUGCACAUCCAGAGAAGAUUCAGAAGCUUGUGAAAAACUAUUCACAAUUUGUUUCAUUCCCAAUAUACACCUGGCAGGAAAAGGGAUACACCAAGGAAGUUGAGGUUGAUGAGGAUCCAGCUGAAGCCAAAAACGAUGAACAAGAUGACAAAACUGAGCAGAAGAAGAAGAAAACCAAGACUGUUAUUGAGAAGUACUGGGACUGGGAGCUAACUAAUGAGACCCAACCUAUAUGGCUUCGCAAUCCAAAGGAAGUCACAACAGAAGAAUACAAUGAAUUCUACAAGAAAACUUUCAAUGAAUACUUGGAUCCAUUGGCAUCUUCACACUUCCCAACAGAGGGUGAGGUAGAGUUUAGGUCUAUACUUUAUGUGCCAGCGGUUGCUCCCAUGGGAAAGGAUGAUGUAAUCAACACCAAGACCAAAAAUAUAAGGCUUUAUGUGAAACGCGUGUUCAUUUCUGAGGACUUUGAUGGAGAACUGUUCCCACGAUAUUUAAGUUUUGUAAAAGGUGUUGUGGAUUCAAAUGAUCUUCCACUCAAUGUCUCACGUGAAAUUCUUCAAGAGAGUCGACUUGUACGAAUUAUGAGGAAGCGUUUGGUUCGAAAAGCCUUUGAUAUGAUUCUGGGUAUAUCGUUGAGCGAGAACAAAGAUGAUUAUGACAAGUUCUGGGAGAACUUUGGCAAACACUUGAAACUGGGUUGCAUUGAAGACCGUGAAAACCACAAGCGUCUUGCUCCAUUGCUUCGAUUUUUCUCUUCCCAGAGCGAGCAUGAGUUUAUCAGCUUGGACGAAUAUGUUGAGAACAUGAAACCUGAACAAAAGGAUAUCUAUUACAUUGCUGCUGACAGUGUAACGAGUGCUAAGAACACACCUUUCCUGGAGAAACUUAGUGAACAGGAUCUUGAAGUGCUGUUCUUAGUUGACCCUAUUGAUGAGAUUGCCAUCCAGAACCUGAAGUCAUACAAGGAGAAGAAUUUUGUUGAUAUUAGCAAGGAAGAUUUGGAUUUAGGUGAUAAGAAUGAGGAGAAAGAAAAGGAGCUGAAGCAGGAAUUUGCACAAACAUGUGAUUGGAUGAAGAAACGUUUGGGUGAUAAAGUUGCCAGUGUUCAAAUUUCAAACCGUCUGAGCUCAUCACCCUGUGUUCUGGCAUCUGGCAAGUUUGGUUGGUCUGCCAAUAUGGAAAGGCUGAUGAAGGCACAAGCUGUUGGCGAUAACUCUAGCUUGGAGUUCAUGAGAGGCAGAAGGGUGUUUGAGAUCAAUCCUGACCACCCAAUCAUCAGAAACUUGAGUGUUGCAUCCAAGAGUAACCCAAAUGACGAAGAUGCUCUGAGAGCCAUUGAUCUUUUGUAUGAUGCGGCUCUGGUUUCCAGUGGUUUUACUCCUGAAAAUCCAACACAGCUUGGUGUGAAGAUAUAUGAGAUGAUGGGCAUGGCUCUUUCUGGCAAAUGGUCAACACCUAUUGAAGAAGCUUCUCGUGCAGAUGCCAAGUUGAACAAUACAGAAACAAUUGAAGCUGAGGUGGUAGAACCUGUCGAAGCUGGUAGUCAAAAAUGAGGAUCCAGAAAUAUAAAUACAUAAUAUAUUUUUAAUUUAUUUUCUCAUUCUACCUCAUAUAGGACAUACUCUAAUUAGCAUCGCCUCCUCAUUUGGAGGUCUCGGCUUAGGUAGACUUUUUGGUGUAAUGUUGAAUUGAAGGGAUUGUCUUUUUUUUUUUGGUGGUUUGGUAAUCUGAAAUUUAUUCUCUUUGGGACAUGGU